UUAUCCAUCUCUUACAUCUUUGAGAAACCUUGUAAUCAUGAUUAAGUCCUUAUAGUUUGUCAUAUUGGUGCUUUUCUCUUCAGAAUAUCCUUCCGCUGAGUACAUAUGUGAUACAUUUAUCAGAAUUUCACGAUACUUGAAUUCCUCUCAUUGCAAUAUUUUAUUUUUGUUGCAUAAUUAGGGAAAAAUAAUCAUAAUCCUUAUAUAUAACAGUUUUUAUAACGUCCAAGACUUCUUAGUUUUAGUGCUUUUAUGCUGCUAUAAAUACCUACACAUCAGUAAUGCAAGAUAAAAGGAUGAAAAAUAGAAAACUUAAUACCUUAAUAUUAUACUAGUUAGUUUCCCUUUCUGUCAAAUGUACAAAUGUCAUGAAGUAACUACUGCAUGAAUUAUUUCAACUUCCGGAAUAUACAUAUGUUGAAUUGUAUAGGUUCUGGUCCAAGCAUCGUUAUUUAUCAAGUACCUUGACAGAGCAAUUCUAGGACUGCUAUGUCCUGCGGCACCAAUGUCCGAGAAGAACUAGGGGAAAUUUAUAAUGACCACAACAGUAAAGACGGAAUAAGCAUAAACUUUUGAUCCCAUAUGUUGAUAAUAAUUAUGUCUCGCAAAGGUUUUUGCUAUCUUGAGGGAUCACAGUUCUUUCUUAGUAUUUGGUUGGUGAUCUUUGUUUUUAACUUGAUUUCUAGAUCAGUAAUUUUUUUUCUUUAGCUAGGCUAGAAGAUCCUUCUCAUUCCUUUUAGAUAUUUGGAGCUAUUCUUUUUUUUUUUUUUCCAAAUAAGAUCGAUAAUAUUUGGAGUUCCCUUUAUCUUUCUUGAGCCGAGGAUCUACUAUACUGGGUAAGUUGUUGUUGUUGUCGUUAUCAAUAUCUUGUGUUAUUUUUCAUUUGAUCUUUUCAAACAGAAACUAUUUCAAUGGGACACUGCAAUUGAAGGUGCCAUAAAGGAUAAGUUUAUGAGCAAAUGUGCAGAACGAUACACGGGUAUGUUAUCUGAAGCAAGAGCUUGUGAGAAGAAGCGCAAACAUAUUCCAGUAUCUAUUUGGGAGAGCUGGAAGCCUCACUGGGAGACUGAGGCUUUUAAAGCCAAGUCUGCACAAUGCUCAAGGAAUCGACUAAGUGAAAAAGGUGGUGAAGGGUCUGGUCCCUCACGCCAUACAUGAGGCUCCAGAUCUCACCGAGAACAUGCAAGACUACUGGCAUAUUCAUUUUUCUUUAGCCAAGUUAGAAUAUCUCCAAAGCUAGUGAUUAUGUAUUAAUAUAGUGAACUUGAUUUUCAAUUUUAGGCUAAAGAACUAGGAAGACCAGCUCAUCCACAUGAGCUUAUGAAGAAGACACAUGUCAAGGCGAACAAGGAGUUUGUGGACCAGAAAUCUAAGAGCACAUAUGAUGCCAUAAUGUCUAAAAUUGCGUCUGCGUCUCAGCCUGAAGAUGGGUCCAGUGAGCCUCUUGAAGUUGAUUACUCACAAAUUUAUUUGGAGGAAGUCGGUGUUAAGAAGACGCGCAUUUAUGGUCUUGGUUCUCAAGCUCCUUUCUAUGGGGAUGUUGGUGCAUCCUCUAGUUCGAUAUCUCCACUUCAAGAUAUAGACUUUAAUGCUCGGGUGAAUGAAUGUGUCGGGCAUCGUUUGCAAGAAAUUAAGGAAGAGAUGAAGCAUGAGAUGAGAUUAGAGAUCAGAGAAGAGAUUAGACAAGAAAUGAGAGAAGAAAUGCGAGAAGAAUUGCGUGAAGAAAUGAGACACGAAAUGCAACAAGAGGUGCGUGAGCAAGUUGAUCAACUACUCCAAAAUCGUCUGUCGGUCCUCAUCGGUGGCUUACCUACACCGCCUUCUCGUAGACAUGACUCGUCGUCAAAUGACACGAUUUAUGGCAUGUUAGACACGUCUUGGAUUCUUGAAUUCUGCUUUCAACUUCAUGAUAGAUGUUAUUAUUAUUUUUAA